AUGAUGGAAGAAUGGGAUGAGCUGUCUGAAAGCAAAUCUAAUUAUUCGGAUAGAGACAUAACGCAAAGAAUUAUUCUUCAUGUCUAUGAUGACGAGUCUAAGGAAUUCACCUCACUUACUACAUAUCAUGGGAUGAUAAGAAUCUAUUCAUCGGAAACAUGGCCCUCUCGUAUAUUCUGGUCUUUGGUAGUUGUAACAUGCCUGACGCUAUUCAUGAUGCAUAGCGCUCUGAUGCUUCUCUUUUACCAUUCACAUCCAACAUUUUUCAAAACUACUGAUAUAUUGAUAAGCAAAGAAGUUUUGCCCACAAUAACGAUAUGUAAAGUGGGAGGUGCGCAGCAGUGGAUUAACUACAUAGAACUGCGCCAUCGAAAGGAUUUGUUGGCUUCAUUUGACAAAGUGCUUGUUGGUGGUUUCGUUAGCAACAGCGAUCUUGAGAAUCUUGCUUUUCUAGAAAACAUUUACGCGAACACGACAGGAAAAAAGUUCCAUUUGAAAAAGUUUUUAAUGGAUAACAGAACACCUUGCGAGCCGAUUGUGACAUCUAAGCGUAAAGUCAAUCGAAUCCAGGGAGAUGAUUGUCAGCAAACCCACUAUACUGCUACUCCAUUUGGCUACUGUAGCAGUUUUAAAUGGGAACUCUCUUCGCCCUCUUUACAUUCAUUUCGCAAAGAUGUAGUUAGUGAGGCAGACGAGCUAGUGAUGAUCCAUGUACAUCGGCCUACUUCUACAAGACCUCUCAAUUCUCAUGGUAUCUAUGUUCCUCGAGGAAAAUCAGCAAAAAUAGUUCUACAACCCAUAAAAAGAAUGAAUCUCAAGGCUGGUGAUUGGGGUGAAUGUAUGACAAAGCCCGUUCAUGGCCAGACUCACUUAAGGGUUCCAUACAACAGGGACGAUUGCGAGAUAGACUGUCUCGCACAGCAUUACGAGCUGCACUGUGAAUGCUCUCCGUUUUUUGCUGAUUCACAGGCUAGGAGACCGUGUACAUUGACAGAAACGGCUUUAUGUCGAAGAAAACAAAGACUAGCAAAAGAUUGUCAUUGUCCUGUUGAAUGUGAAGAAAUGGACUACAGGUCAUUAGCUGUAUCUUACAAAAAGAAAAGCCAAAGGAACCUCUCAUCCAUUGAAAUACAAAUGGAGUCGCGCCAUUUGCGUUUGGAUGAACAACUGAAGCGAAUCAAGCCUGUAGAUCUGCUGAGUACAUCUCCCACUUUCUUAGGUUAUGUUGCUGGCAGCAUGGGUCUCUUUUUGGGUAUGAGCUGUGUUACUCUACUAGAGAUUUUCAUUUACUUGUUUAAAAGCGUUUGGGGAGUUUUCAACGACCAAAGACAUAAGACUUAUUAUCUCGAAAAUUUGCUGGGAGUAGAUGACACCGGAAGUUCUGAUGUAUCGCAAGAAGAGAUUGUAAUUACUACGAAAUCUCGAAGAUUGAAAUCGUUCGCCAUCCACUGGGUAGACGAAGGUCAUCGUAUGCUCAACAUCUAG